AAAAAAACCUUUGAGAUUUUUUCACAGCUCAUUGUGAGCAAUCAGGCAAAUAGAAACUUGCAGCGGUGCAGCAGCCAGGCAGGAGCGUCUGACGUUGGACAGACCACAUCUUUCACCUUCCUCUUGCUUGUCAGGAGAAGACCUGCAGAUGUGCCUGAGCAGAAGCCCGGCAUCACCUCAACACCACCCCAGGAACCAGGACACUCAUGUUUUUUUGACGGCGCUAUAGGGGUUUUGAGUCGGAAGUCACAAUGCUGCCCGUUAUUUGUUUAGUGUUCAUCCUGGCGGGAUUGGGGAAGGCCCAGAGUCAGAGUCGGACCUCUGUGCAGGAAGGCUCGGCCACUCCGUGGCGGCAGGUGAUCCAGUGGGAGAACAACGGUCGUAUGUUCAGCCUUCUUAACAGUGGAUCCGAGUAUGUUCCCGCUGGGACCGACACGCAGGACAGGGAUCACCAAAUAGUGGUUGCCGACACCCCCGCUCAGUCGUCCCGUAGAUCUCAAGGGGGCAAUGUUCGCAGACAAGCGCCAUCACGGGGAUCCUCUGAGACUAUCCGCGGGCAAGCCAGGCAUCCUUUCGGUUUUGGGCAAGUGCCUGAUAACUGGAGACAAACAUCGGGCUCCACGGCUCGGAUACCCUUCCAGCGAUCCUCCGGCACCCGGGUCAGACAAUCCACAGGGUCUUCAUCUACCUACCCUUCAACACCUUAUAGCAUACCGUCCUACCCUCAGUAUCCCAUUCCUCAACAGCCCGUCUACCAACCCGUGCCCUUUGACCCAAGUUAUACAGACGGAUCAUACAGGGGCUAUGAGCCGCCCUUUCAACCGGUUCCCGGAGGAGGUUACGCCGGUGGAUCGUACGCCGGUGGACAGGGGUAUACCGGAGGGGGGUACGGCGUGGCUCCGGUCCUACCUGGCUCACCAAUGGAAUUCACAGAUGACGGGUACCGUUUCUACCAGUCCUACAGCUAUGGGUCCAGCCCUGUGGCACCCCCACAGGCCGCCCAGCCUCCAUUCACGGACGGCCUGGACCGCAGAUACACCCAGAGUCUAUACAACGAGGACCCCGCUGCCUCCGUACCCGACAGCAGAGUGGACCCGCCAGGACCGGCCGGCCAAGCACCGGUACGAAGUCCUCAGUAUGAACAGUUCCCACCAUUUGCAAGACCCCAGCCUCCCUUUCCGCAACCUGUUCAGCCUGGCAGAAACUCUCCAAACUCUGCCAUUGAGCAAACCAACGUUGGGAACAUAUACCAACAAGAGCAAAGAGGGUUGCCUGACCUAGUUCCCGAUGCCAACUAUGUCCAGGCUUCUACGUACAUUCAGAGAGCCCGCAUGUACUCGCUGCGCUGUGCUGCAGAGGAAAAAUGCCUAUCAAGCUCUGCGUACGCGCCGGAAACCACCGACUACGAUGUCCGAGUACUGCUGCGAUUUCCGCAGAGGGUGAAGAACAAGGGCACUGCUGACUUCAUGCCGAACAGGCCGCAUCAUACCUGGGAGUGGCACAGUUGCCAUCAGCACUAUCACAGCAUGGAUGAGUUCAGCCACUACGACUUGUUGGAGGUUACCUCGGGUCGCAAAGUGGCCGAAGGGCACAAGGCUAGUUUCUGUCUGGAGGACACUACAUGCGACUUUGGACACCUGAAACGUUAUGCAUGUACCUCGCACACUCAGGGUCUCAGCCCAGGCUGCUAUGAUACUUACAACGCCGAUAUUGACUGUCAAUGGAUCGACAUCACUGACAUCCAGCCUGGAAACUACAUAUUAAAGCUCACAGUCAACCCCAAAUUCCUGGUGAUGGAAUCAGACUUUACCAACAAUGUUGUCAGAUGUAACAUCCACUACACGGGACGUUUUGUUACGACAACCAAAUGCCAGCUCGCUCAGUCUUGAUAAGGCACUGGAAGACCAAACAAACACCCACACUCAAGUGAUCCUGACUGCUCUUCAAUUGGAAUGUGAAUGGGACUUGUCGGCUCGCUGUACUGUGAUUGUUUGUUUGUCUUUGUUUUUUUAGCGCUGUCUCAGAUUCAAGUGCGAUCCACUUUUGGCUGAUUCAAUUGGUUGGGGUGAAUUAUUUUAAGAUGGGGUGGGGAAACCUACCUGGACAGAGUAUUUGAUCUGCAAUGCCAUGCAAAUUCUAAAAACAAACCAAAAACUCUUGCUGAUGAUGAUAAGUGCAUCCAAUUUUUACCUACAAUACAUUCUGUCUGGUCCUUGGAGCGCUGAAAUGGCCUCUAAUACUCAUUUUAAAAGGGGGGGGGGCAGCCCCUGUUUUAUGUGACCAUAUUGUACAAUGCAUUUUUGUUUGCUGUUAUGUUAUUAUGCUAUGAAUCAACUUCCAUACCCCAGGAGAGUCCUCAUACUAAUAUCAUCCUGACAAUUUGCUUUCAGACUCUGCAAAAGUAUGUUGUAUUGAUUUUAAUAGGUGUGUGCUGUCAGGUCAAACUCCCUGCAGAGUUUUUGUUUGAACUAUGAAUAAAAAAUGACCCGUGCCAGUGAUGGAAAUGAGGAUGAUGUAAAAUUGGGUCUUUAAUAGAUGCACAUUGGCUGUUUUUUGUCACAGUGGGUCAUGCUGGACUUGGAUUUUGUAGUACUAAUCUUGCUUAAUGUGAUGACAAUACUUCUUUUAACUCUUUAAGUCCAUUCGUACUUGAGGUAGUUUCUCAAAUAGACACUGCAAUUAAAAACUCUCUUUCCCCCAACCAAAUAGAAAAAAAAACUCCUCCAAAAAAGUUACAGUAGCUGCUUAAGUUGAUUGAUGCUAUUCUUCACACAUCCCAUAUUUCCUCAGAUAUCGGGCCCUAUUUUUAUUGCACAUGGGUAUCAUCCUACGAAAAAGAAAUAAGCGUUCCUCCCCAAAUGGGUCGUUGAAAUUUUGUCAGUUUCAACAUAUUGUGCAAGCGGUGUGUGAGAGAAGUUCCAGAACUAGUGUCAGAAAAAGUAUAUUUUCAAACCAAAAGGUCUUCUUUCUAAUGAUCUUCGUCCCGCCUCGCACGGCAAAUGUUUUUUUUACAAUUGGAACUGUCAGAUGCUUUUGGCUAAGGCAUUUGAUCCUAAUCUGAGAACAAAAAACUCUCAAUUUGUCUUUGAUCUCAUCUUUAUCUUUUUUUGAAUCAGUACUUGAAUUCUUUUGACACCAUUUGUAAACAAAAAAAAUCAACAAGUUCAUUUGAACUCAGUUGCUAACCAAAACAGCAGCACGCAAACCGUCUUUAAGAUGAGGUAGGGUUGUUGUAAACGUUCCCGAAGCAAUAAUGUUAUGUGGGGAAUCGUCAGCAAUUAAGAUUCCAAUCCUCCACCCUUAUUGAUGCACAUCCCAGGGUUUUAAAAAAAGAAGGUGCUCUAAAAAACAAGGCUCAUGACUAUUGUACGUAAGCUGUAUGGUUUACACUGUCUUCAACUACCAACACUGGUCAGAUGGCACAUAUAUGGUCAUCUAUGCCUUUUUUUUGGAAGAAUGUAUUAGCAAAUAUUCCAUUGAUGCAUGACUGACUUAAAUGCUGGUUUGGUUUUGAUAUAGUUGUAACUAUUGCAUUUGUUCAGUCUGUGUUUUAUGGGUUAUCCGAAUUUGUGCGAUCAUGGGGUGAAAUAAAAUGCUACAAACUCA